AUGCCGGAGGAGGAGAGCCUGUUCAGAUCAGCGACCAUGUCGCUGAUCCAGCUCUACGUUCCCACCGAAACCGCUCACGCUACCGUGCAGGAGCUCGGUGAGCUGGGCAACGUCAUGUUCAAGGAUCUCAACCCGGACGUAUCUCCAUUCCAACGCUCUUUCGUCACCGACAUUCGACGACUCGAUGAGAUGGAGAGGCGCAUUCGCUUCCUCUACGCUCAGAUGGAGAAGGAAGGCGUCCCAGUCCGUCCUCUCGAAAGCGCCCUUCCUUUCAUCAGCCUCGGUUCGGGUCCUGACGGUCGUCGUGGCGCUCAGCUCAUGGACGAGCUCCAAGUCAAGCUGCGCGAGCACGAGGAGCGUCUUGGCCAGAUGAACGGCUCCUACGAAACACUUCAGAAACGCUUGCAAGAGCUCGAGGAGGCCAAGCACGUCCUCCGAGAGACCGCCGUCUUCUUCGACCAGGCAGAAGGACGCCAGGACAACCGCGCUUCUCUCGACGACGACCAUGCUCCUCUUCUGGACGACAUGGAGUCCGGUGCUUACCACACCACUCGCGGCGGCGAAGACAGCGGCUACGGAACAUUCGACCUCGAGUUCGUCGCCGGCACCAUCGACCGCAGUAAAAUGGCCAUCUUUGAGCGCAUCCUCUGGCGAGUUCUCCGUGGAAACCUGUACAUGAACUAUGCCGAGAUCGACGAGGCCUUCGACGACCCGACCAAGGAAGAGCCCGUCCGCAAGAACGUGUUCAUCAUCUUUGCUCACGGCUCCGAGCUCCUUGCCAAGAUUCGAAAGAUCAGCGAGAGCAUGGGUGGCACCCUCUACCCCAUCGACAGCAACGCCGACCGCCGCGAGGAGAGCCUCCGGGAGGUCCUCAGCCGUAUCGAGGAUCUCAACAACGUCCUCUACUCCACCAGCGCCACCCGACGCACCGAGCUCGUCAAGAUCGCCGAAGUGCUCAGCGCGUGGGAGGAUGUCGUGCGCAAGGAGAAGCUCAUCUACUCGACGCUCAACAUGUUCCUCUUUGACAGCCGUCGCAAGACGCUCGUCGCCGAAGGAUGGUGCCCUACCAGCGAUCUCGGUCAGAUCCAGCUGGCCCUUCGUCGCGCCAACGAGAACGCCGGCACCAGCGCCCCCGCUGUGCUGCAGGAGCUUCGCACCAACAAGAUGCCCCCCACCUUCCAGCGAUCCAACAAGUACACCGAGGCAAUCCAGUCCGUCGGUGACAGCUACGGUAUCGCCAAAUACAAGGAGGUCAACCCGGGUCUCUUCAACUUGAUCCUCCUUCCCUUCCUCUUUGCCGUCAUGUUCGGAGACGUCUUCCACGCCUUCCUCAUGACGCUGGCUGCCACCACCAUGUGCGUGUUCGAACGCAAGCUCGCCAAGGUCGACAACGAGAUCUUCACCAUGUUCUUUUACGGUCGCUACAUGAUGCUGCUCAUGGGUGUCUUUUCCAUGUUCACCGGUUUCCUCUACAACGAUAUCGGAAGCAAGAGCAUGCAUCUCUUCCACACGGGUUGGGAUUGGCCGCACAAAGAGGGCACCAUCGAGGCGGUCCCGAACGGCAACGUCUACGCCAUCGGUAUCGAUCCCACCUGGCACGGUGCCGACAACGCGCUCGUCUUCACCAACUCGCUCAAGAUGAAGAUGUCCGUCAUCCUCGGUGUCUUCCACAUGACGCUCGCCAUUCUCCUCAACGUGCCCAACUUCCUCCGCUUUGGUCAAAAGUGGAAGAUCUGGUCCGAGAUUGUGCCGCAGAUGCUCUUCAUGCAGUCGCUGUUCGGCUACCUCGUCUUCGCCAUCGUCUACAAGUGGUCCAUCGACUGGUAUGAGACGGAUGCCAAUGGCACCGUCUUCCGUAACAACCCGCCUGGCUUGCUCAACAUGCUCAUCUACAUGUUUCUCAAGCCCGGCUCCGUCGACCCCAAGACCGAGCUCUACCCGGGUCAGGCCAUGGUCCAGACGGUGCUGCUUGGCAUCGCAUUCAUCUGUGUCCCUUGGAUGCUCGUCGUCACUCCGUACAUCGAGUGGAAGGAGCACCAGAAGACCAAGGGGCAGGGCUACCGCGCCAUUGGUGGUCGCGGCGAUGGCUCGCGAGGUCUUUCGCUCGGUGACGAGGACGAUGACAACGAGGAGGAGGACGACGACAACGAGACCAACCGUCUCGCACGCACCCAGCGCGACAACGGUCACGGCAAUGGCGGCGGCCACGGCGAUGGCGAGAUGGAGGAGGAGCACGAGUUCAACAUCGGCGAGGUCGUGAUUCACCAGGUCAUCCACACCAUCGAGUUCUGCCUUGGAUGCAUCUCCAACACGGCCUCAUACCUGCGUCUCUGGGCUCUGUCGCUGGCCCACGCCCAGCUCUCCGAGGUGCUGUGGACCAUGACCAUCCAGAACGCCUUUGGCAAGACGGGGGUUGUCGGUGCCAUCAUCACGGUCUUCGCCUUUGGCCUGUGGUUCUGCCUGUCCAUUGCCAUUCUGUGCUGUAUGGAGGGUCUCAGUUCGCUGUUGCACGCCAUUCGUCUCGCCUGGGUCGAAUUCGGAAGCAAGUUCUACCAGGCCGGUGGUUACCAGUUCGAGCCGCUCAAAUUCUGA